AUGAUUCAGCUGACAGCUAUGCCUCUGAGUGCACUUGAUGAUGAGCCAGUGCAUGUCCGAGUUACAGGCCUGACUCCAUUUCAGAUAGUGUUUCUUCAGGCAUCACUGGAAGAUGAAAGGAGGAAUAUGUUUCAUUCUUACGUCUACUAUAAGGCCAACGAAGUUGGUGAGGUGGACCUGAAGCAGGCUGCUUCUCUUGGAGGUGAUUAUGUAGGAGUCCAGCCCAUGGGUCUCUUCUCGUCCCUGAAAUCUGAGAAGGUUGGAAUUAAACUCUUCAAGAGAGUGAUGAAUAGCCCCUUUCAGGUCCAAUUAAAACUUUGUGAUUCAGCCGUCCUGUUGACCCACACUGUCUCUACUCCUCCAAUAGUCUGCCUGACUUUAGAGAGGUGGUAUGUAGCACCUGGUGUCACCCGGACCCAAGGCAAAGAAGGCCACAUUCGGGGAGUACUUUUUAUCCCUCCAGGAGAGGGCCGUUUCCCAGGGGUAAUUGAUUUGUUUGGAAUUCUUAGUGGACUGAUGGAAUCCUGGGCCAGUCUCCUGGUCAGUCGUGGCUUUGCUGCCUUGGCCUUGGCUUACUGUAACUAUGAAGACCUGCCUCCCAAACUAGAGAAACUAGAUUUGGAAUAUUUUGAGGAAGCUGUCAACUUUGUCCUGAGACAUCCCAAGAUCCUAGGCCCAGGCAUUGGAAUAGUCUCCAUUUCUAGAGGAGCAGAGAUUGGACUUUCCAUGGCUAUUCAUCUAAAACAAGUCACAGCCACCGUGCUUAUUAAUAAUAACUUUAUUAUUGACGUUCCGCACGUAUAUCAUGAUCAGAUAAGUCAACCUUUGGGCUUCUCUCCUCAAUAUAGCUCCAUAUCUAACUUAGGAUUUAUAAAGUUACAGAACAUUUUUGAGGAAAAUAAAAAUAACGCCAAUAAGGCUGCUUUCCCCAUUGAAAAGGCCCAGGGACAUUUCCUUUUCAUUGUGAGAGAAGAAGAUAAGAAUGUCAACAGCAAAGCACACGCACAACAAGCCAUAGAAUGGCUGAAGAGACAUGGAAAGAAAAACUGGACCCUACUGUCUUACCCAGGGGCAGGCCACCUGAUAGAACCCCCCCAUUCCCCACUGUGCUGUGGCUCCAAUGUCCCCAGUUUUCACAUUGCCAUGUACUGGGGAGGAGAGGUGAUCCCACAUGGAGCUGCACAAGAACAUUCUUGGAAGGAGAUCCAGAAGUUUCUCAGGAAGCAUGUUAUUCCAGUUGUGACCAGUCGUUUCUGAAAGGGGCAAACAUUCCUGAAUAUGG